AUUUGUCAUUCUGCUAAGCAGCAGAAUGGCGGAGGCUUCACUGAAAAUACUACAGGCAGACCUUAUUUUCAGAGAUGACAUGGAGAAAGGAGGAUCUGGUAAAACUCUUCAAAGAAAAUGUCUAAAAAUAAUAUUUCCUGUAACCCUUGCCAAGAUUUAUUGUUGCUUCACCCUUAUUAUAGUCCUACUUGCAAGUGUGAUUUUGCUGUCUGUUGCUUUGGCAGUGAGAGAGGCGACACCAGUCCUAGAGUUCCCUGUGUGCGCUGCCUGCCCAAAACAAUGGAUUGGGUUUGGAAGUAAAUGUUUUUAUUUUUCUGAAGAGACAAGGAAUUGGACAUUCAGCCAGACUUUCUGUGCCUCAUUAGAAGCUUGUCUUGCUCAGUUUGAAAACCUGGAGGAACUGAAUUUCCUGAAAAGAUACAAAGGCCCUUCUGACCACUGGAUUGGCCUUAGCAGAGAAUCAUCACGUCACGUUUGGAAAUGGACAGACAACAGUGAAUAUAACGUCUCGUGUGUUAUCAAAGGAACUGGAGAAUGUGCCUACCUGAAUGACAAUGGGAUCAGUAGUGCCAGGACCUACACAGACAGGAAAUGGAUUUGUAGCAAGCCAAAUCAUACCUAUAAGUGCCAACAUAUUUCAAGCCCUUUUUAGCAAAUAGAAAAGAUGCAUUGUAAAUUGUUAUAUACAGUUGCUGCCCCACUGCUUGAUCUACCAAAAAUAUUACUAGUAUGCAUUCAUAAUAUUUGUUGACAGUAAAGAUGCAAACUCUCAUGGACUGUAUAAUACAGGGAUUUGGAAGAGCACGAUUCUAAAUUAAACAGGUAUUGAAUGGCAUUUAUAUUUUGAACACAGAGUAUAAUCAGUGAACUCCUCUUUCCCUAUACAGAUCUUCCUUUCUUUGCAUACAUGGAACCGUAAAAAUGACCAUGCUAGCUGGAACCAUGCAAAACGAUUCUAAUAACCAAGGAGAAAAUAACAAUUGGCCUGUGACCUUUACAAAAUUUAUUAGCACAUUCAAAAUUCUAUUACUGUCAGUUACAAAUAUAUAGGAAAAUUUGAAAGUACUAAAACUAAUAUUUAUUUUGUACUCUGUAUUUUAAAACAUAGAAACACUGACAAAGUGCUUUUUACAUUUUAAUUCUCAGUGUUUAUGUUUUAAAUUACAGUGCACUAAAUAGAUAUUAUACCUAUGAACAAAUACCAUUCUUUAUUUUACCCUUUAUUGGAUUUAAAAUUCUGCUUUUAUCCCAGAUUAAAUCACAAAUAAUUAAUUACUUGAACUCUUUAAGCAUUCAAUACCAAAUUUCAGAACUGUUUAUAUACUAUUGAGUUUUAGAAACAAAAUGUUUUCAAGUUUUAUAGCAUUAGCUACACUGUACUGAUGAGUCCCAAAAAGGACGAAAUA